AUGAAUUACAUUAAAUUGAAUGAAAUAUUAGUGAGGGUAUCAAUCAAAAAUAUAUCACUCAAUUAGUGCAUUGAUAAUUUUGAUUAACUUUAAAGGAUUCAUAAUCUUAAUAUAUCAAGUCAAUAAUAAAAAGCACAAUAGCUGAUUAAGGAUUAAAAAUUAUUAAGUUUAUUAACAAAACGAGAGAAAAAUAAAAAAAUAAAGGGAUUUAAUAAUAAAAAAAAGGUAUAAAUAUAUAAUUAUAUAUAAGAUAAAUAAUAGGAGAAAAAUAUAAAAAACCUUAAAUAAUCUCAUAAAAAUGGAUAUAUUGAACGAGCAAAAUCAAGAGAAUUAUAAUUUGAUUUAGUAGAGGUUGGAAUUUAUCAAAAAUUAUAAUAACUAUUUGAACAAUAAUGAUAAACAAUAAAUUAUUAAUCUUUAAAUGUUAGAAUUUAGUGAUUUCUUGAUUGAAAGCGAAACUUAAAAUUCAUAAUAUUAUAAUUAUAAAGGUACAUAUUAAAAAUAUUAUCAAAGCGAUUGUGUUAGAUAAAAUGAAGAGAUUUUAAGAAGCAUUGGAGUAUUAUGAUAUAGCUAUUCAGAAAAACCCAGAAAAAGCAGAGUAUUAUUAUGGAAAAGGUAUAAUUUAAUGAUGUAUAUUUUUGUUUAGCGAUUGCGUUAGAAAAAAUGAAUAGAUUUGAAGAAGCAUUGGAGUAUUAUGAUUCAGCUAUUCAGAAAAACCCAGAAAAUGCAGAGUAUUAUUAUGGCAAAGGUAUCAUGAUCAUGAAUAUCUAGCUGAUAAUCUAGAGAAUAUGAAUAGAUUUGAAGAAGCAUUGGAGUAUUAUGGUUUAGCUAUUCAUAAAAACCCAGAAAAUGCAGAUUAUUAUUAUGGCAAAGGUAUAAUUUAAUGAUGUAUAUUUUUGUUUAGCGAUUGCCUUAUUUAAAAUGAAUAGAUUUGAAGAAGCAUUUGAGUUUAAUGAUUCAGCUAUUCAGAAAAAUCCAGAAAAAGCAGAUUAUUAUUAUGGCAAAGGUAUAAUUUAAUGAUGUACAUUUUUGUUUAGCGAUGGCCCUAAAAUAAAUGAAUAGAUUUGAAGAAGCAUUGGAGUAUUAUGAUUCAGCUAUUUAGAAAAACCCAGAAAAUGCAGAGUAUUAUUAUGGCAAAGGUAUCAUUAUCAUGAAUAUAUAGCUGAUAAUCUAGAGAAUAUGAAUAGAUUUGAAGAAGCAUUGGAGUAUUAUGAUUUAGCUAUUCAGAAAAACCCAGAAAAUGCAGAUUAUUAUUAUGGCAAAGGUAUAAUUUAAUGAUGUAUAUUUUUGUUUAGCGAUUGCCUUAUUUAAAAUGAAUAGAUUUGAAGAAGCAUUGGAGUUUAAUGAUUCAGCUAUUCAGAAAAAUCCAGAAAAAGCAGAUUAUUAUUAUGGCAAAGGUAUAAUUUAAUGAUGUACAUUUUUGUUUAGCGAUGGCCCUAAAAUUAAUGAAUAGAUUUGAAGAAGCAUUGGAGUAUUAUGAUUCAGCUAUUUAGAAAAACCCAGAAAAUGCAGAGUAUUAUUAUGGCAAAGGUAUCAUAAUCAUAAAUAUAUAGCUGAUAUUUUAGAGAAUAUGAAUAGAUUUUAAUAAGCAUUCGAGUAUUAUGAUUUAGCUAUUCAGUAAAACCCAGAAAAAGCAGAUUAUUAUUAUGGCAAAGGUAUAAUUUAAUCAUGUAUAUUUUUGUUUAGCGAUUGCAUUAUAUAAAAUCAAUAGAUUUGAAGAAGCAUUCGAGUAUUAUGAUUUAGCUAUUCAGAAAAACCCAGAAAAAGCAGAUUAUUAUUAUGGCAAAGGUAUAAUUAAAUGAUGUACAUUUUUGUUUAGCGAUGGCAUUAAAAUAAAUAAAUAGAUUUGAAGAAGCAUUGGAGUAUUAUGAUUCAGCUAUUCAAAAAAACCAAGAAAAAGCAGAUUAUUAUUAUGGCAAAGGUAUAAUUUAAUGAUGUAUAUUUUUGUUUAGCGAUUGUGUUAGAAAAAAUGAAUAGAUUUGAAGAAGCAUUGGAGUAUUAUGAUACAGCUAUUCAGAAAAACCCAGAAAAUGCAGAUUAUUAUUAUGGCAAAGGUAUAAUUUAAUGAUGUAUAUUUUUGUUUAGCGAUUGUGUUAUUUAAAAUGAAUAGAUUUGAAGAAGCAUUGGAGUAUUAUGAUUCAGCUAUUCAGAAAAACCCAGAAAAAGCAGAUUAUUAUUAUGGCAAAGGUAUAAUUUAAUGAUGUAUAUAUUUGUUUAGCGAUUGUAUUAAUUAUGAUGAAGGGAUUGUUAAAUAUCUCAAUGAAAUAUAUGAGAUGA